AUGCCAGUGCCAGCAGAGCCCGAGCCGGAAAUACCGGCGGAGCCCGAGCCUGAAGUUGAGCCUGAGCUGGAUCCUGAUAAGCUUCCUUUUCCUGAGGCACCGCCGGUGUUGGUUGCGCUGACGCCGCUUUCACCAGAACCGGAGGCACCGCCAGAGACAUCACCUGAGCCAGAAGCUCCGAUGCCAGCGGAUCCUGAUCCCGAUGCACCAGUGGUGCCAGUACCCGAAGCACCUCCGCUGAGAGAGCCGGAAGCACCGAGACCAGCAGAGCCAGAGCCGGAAGCACCAGCAGCACCAGUACCGGAAGCACCACCGCUAAGAGAACCGGAGGCACCGCCAGAAGCACUGCCUGAGCCGGAGGCUCCAACACCAGCAGAGCCGGUAUCAGAAUUACCUCCGCUAAGAGAACCGGAAGCACCACCAGAAAUACCACCCGAGCCUGAAGCACCAGCCGCACCAGUGCCCGAAGCACCAGCGCUGAGCGAUCCAGAGGCACCAAGUCCGGUCGAACCAGAGCCAGUACCGGACGCGCCUCCACUAAGAGAGCCUGAGGUGCCGAGACCAGCAGAUCCAGAAGCGCCAGCACCAAGAGAGCCAGUGCCAGAAGCUCCUCCAUUAGCUGAGCCAGAAGCCCCUAGGUCAGCAGAGCCAGAGCCACCGAGACCAGCGAAACCGGAACCACCAAGGCCAGCGGAGCCUAAAGCACCAAGACCGGCAGAGCCAGAAGUGCUUGCGCCGAGCGAACCUGUGCCGAAGGCAUCUCCACUGGCUGAGCCAGAAGCACCUAGGCCAGCAGACCCGGAAGCGUCGCCCGAUGCAGAUCCAGAGGCAUCGGCAGAAGCGUCGCCAGAAGCAUCAGCCGAGCCACCCAAGCUAGAACCGAAGCUAGGAAGGAGACCGGCAAGAGCACUAAUACCACCGCCAGCAGAUGUACUUUCACUGCCUUCACCAGAGCCACCGAGCAUGCCAUCAAGCCAAAGACAGGGCUUGCGAGCUUCGAGAGACCUGGAGGCAGGCGCUGCAAGAGCAGUACCCGCGAGGAAAAGAAUGGCGGUAUUCUUCAUGAUUAACGAUAGAACAGAAGAAUCGAAUUGUGAAUGA